ACUUGUGAGUACUAUAAUAAACUUGGAGAAACUGAGUGGGUGAAAAUAUCAAUGUCUGAAAAUUGUGAAACUCUCUUCUAAUCUUCUUCCAAGAUUUAUACAUACAUUUAUUUGUAUGUAUAAUUAUUCACCCUAGUACAGAGCCACAGAGGUAAAAUAAGACUACAAGACUCUACAGUGCUCUCAGCUGUAGUCAAAAAGAUCUUAUCUUUAUCUCUCUUCUGGGCCUUCAAAGACUCUUACCCACCCCUAAAACUAGCUAAAAAUCUCAUAUUUUUUUCAAGAUUCACCCAAGAAUGGCCUCAAAGUCUCAUUUUUAUCCAAGAUUGAUGAACCCUUUUGUGUAGUUUCAAGACCCUUUUGGUAAAUAUCUCAUCUUUGUUCCAAGAUUCAGCCAAGAAUUGCCUAAAAAUCUCAUUUUUGCUCAAGAUUGAGAGACCCUUUUGGUCAAUUUGAAGAUUUUAAUGGCUACUCCCCCUCCACCAUACACUCUCACCACUGCAAAACCCUACCAAAACCAUAGAAAUCUUCAUCCCCAUCAACACCAACCCCCAAAUAAUCACCACCCACAUCAUCAAAAUCCAAUCUUUACAACCCCAAAUCAUCAAAAUCCAAUUUUUAUAGCCCCAAGAGUCUCUAUUAAUCAUCACCAGCGUUUUCAAGCACACCCCAGAAAUGUCUCUGCUCCUGCUCCCCCUCACAUUCAAAACCCACCUCGCCCUAAUUUCCCCUCAUUUGGGUCUGCAAAAUCACCAUCUGGGCUAGCAGCUUCUGAUUUUUCGGGGAGAAGAUCGACUAGAUAUGUGUCGAAAAUGCAUUUUGGGAGGCAGAAGACUGCGAAUGCUAGUCGACAUACUUCGAUUGCUGAGGAGGCUUUGCAGGAAGCUAUUAGGUGUAGUGGUGAUGAGAAUUGUAUUGAAAGUGUGUUGAUGAGGUUUGAAAAUAAGUUCUGUGGGACUGAUGAUUAUACAUUUUUGCUCAGGGAGCUUGGCAACAGAGGUGAGUAUUCUAUGGCUAUUAAGUGUUUUGAAUACGCUGUUAAACGCGAGAAGCGGAGAAAUGAUCAGGGUAAAUUAGCUAGUUCUAUGAUUAGUAUUCUUGGGAGGUUGGGUAAGGUUGAUUUAGCUGAGAAAAUUUUCGAGAUUGCGGUGAAUGAAGGGUAUGGUAAUACUGUCUAUGCUUAUUCUGCUUUGAUUAGUGCUUAUGGUAAGAGUGGGUAUUGUGAUGAAGCUAUUCGGUUAUUUGAUACCAUGAAAAAAUCGGGUUUGAAGCCGAAUUUGGUUACUUAUAAUGCUUUGAUUAAUGCUUGUGCGAAAGGGGGUGCUGAUUUUAAGAGGGCUUCUGAGAUUUUUGAUGAUAUGUGGAGUAAUGGGGUGCAGCCGGAUCGGAUUACGUAUAAUUCUUUGCUUGCUGCUUGUAGUGGUGGAGGGUUGUGGGAUACUGCAAAGAAGUUGUUUAGUGAGAUGAUUGAUAGAGGGAUUGAUCAAGAUAUAUAUACAUAUAAUACUCUUCUUGAUGUUGCUUGUAAUGGUGGACACUUGGAUACGGCUUUUGAGAUAAUGUCAGAGAUGCCUCUUAAGAAUAUUUUGCCUAAUGAAGUGACAUAUAGUACCAUAAUCCGUGGGUGUGCCAAGGCAGGGAGAUUGGAUAGGGCCCUGAGCUUAUUCAAUGAGAUGAAAUUUGCUGGUAUUAAACUGGAUAGAGUUUCUUAUAACACUUUACUUGCAAUAUAUGCUAGUCUUGGUAGAUUUGAUGAGGCAUUAGGUGUAGGCAAUGAGAUGGAGAGUAUGGGGAUUAAGAAAGAUGUUGUUACUUACAAUGCACUUCUAGAUGGAUUUGGAAAACAAGGGAUGUUUGAUAAAGUUAAAGAACUUUUUCAGAUGAUGAGGGCAGAUAGACUCUCUCCUAAUUUAUUGACUUACUCAACGCUGAUCAGUGUAUAUUCAAAAGGCGGUCUAUAUCAAGAGGCUAUGGAAGUGUAUAAGGAGUUCAAGAAGGAAGGUCUUAAGGCUGAUGUUGUAUUUUAUAGUAAACUUAUAGAUGCCCUAUGUAAGAAAGGACUAGUGGAAUCUUCUGCUUUGUUAUUGGAUGAGAUGACGAAGAAAGGGAUUCAACCAAAUGUUGUAACUUACAAUUCUAUAAUUAAUGCCUUUGGUCAGUCAGCAUCUGCAGAAAUUUCUCCUGAUCGUGAUCCACAAUUUGAAUCCUCAACGUUGAUUCCCCUUGAUAAUGGUACUAAAUUAAAGGGGGAAGUUCCGGAGGAAGAUAGGAUUAUAAGAGUUUUCGAACAAUUAGCUGGGGGAGAGUUCCGUCAAGGUAGAAAAGACAACAAAAGCAGCAGAGAGGAGAUUCUCUGUGUUUUGGGAGUAUUCCAGAAGAUGCAUGAGCUGGAAAUAAAGCCAAAUGUUGUUACAUUUUCAGCCAUUUUGAAUGCGUGCAGCCGUUGUAGCUCCUUUAAAGAAGCUUCACUUCUACUGGAGGAACUGCGUCUAUUUGAUAAUCAUGUAUAUGGUGUAGCUCAUGGACUUCUAAUGGGCCACCGGGAGAAUGUUUGGGUCCAAGCUCUAUCACUUUUUGAUGAUGUCAUGCAGAUGGACUCAUCAACUGCGUCUGCCUUUUAUAAUGCUCUGACAGACAUGCUGUGGCAUUUCGGACAGAAACGAGGUGCACAACUUGUUGUUCUCGAAGGCAAACGCAGACAAGUUUGGGAAAAUACUUGGUCUACUUCUUGCUUGGAUUUGCAUUUAAUGUCAUCUGGUGCAGCACGAGCAAUGGUUCAUGCGUGGUUGAUGAACAUACGUUCUAUUGUGUUUGAAGGCCAUGAGUUGCCAAAACUUCUUAGCAUUUUAACCGGAUGGGGUAAGCAUAGUAAGGUACAAGGUGAUGCAACUCUUAAGCCAGCUAUCGAGGCGCUUCUCGUUGGUAUAGGUGCCCCAUUUCAGUUGGCAAAAUGCAAUAUCGGUAGGUACAUAUCCACAGGUCCUGUGGUAGCUUCCUGGUUAAGAGAAUCAGGUACUCUGCAAGUGCUUGUUCUCCAGGAUGACAGAAAUCAGGUAGAAAGCACAAGGUCAUAUAAUAUCCCCAUUCUAAGUGCUUUACCAUCUUAGGUUCUGUUCGCCCAUUCUCUCCCAAUUUUCCCUUCAAAUGUACCAACUUCGUGGAGGGGGAAUGGGCAUUUGAACCAUGUAAAUUAACCAGUAAAUAUUUAGUGAUAUUUCACAUCUCUCUACCUUGUUCUCGACAAAAGGUCAAACUUUCCCAUGUAACUGUUGUUCUUCAGGUUUGUCCGCUUUCGGUGGGAAUUUUUCCAUGUAGGAUAUUUUGUAACAUUUUAGAUGACUUGGUGCAAGGCGGAUUCCAUGUUUUCUCUAAAUUUUGUUGUAAAUAAGAGGGAAAUUUGCCUUUAGUUA